GGCUACACCACUACAGAUCUUUGAAUCAUGUCUGGCCUCAAAAACUCACCGUUCGGCAAGCGACUGCGUGCCGCCCAGAACCAAUCCGACGAAGAAGAACCGCGGAGAACACGACCGCGAGUCAAUCCUAUCUUUGCCGUCAAAGCGGGCUCUUCAUCCACGCCAUCUCUUGAUUCUAGACCGACGUCUAGCGGGGGAGAGAGCGAUGAACACGUACCGCUGGAGAGGGGGAGAAGGAGGAGAGAACAGACGCCCAGCCGCAGCCCCAGUCGGACGCGGCGGGAUUACGGCGACAGAUUCGUCCCCUCACGCGACGCCGGGGACAUGCGCACUUCGUAUCACCUCAUGGAAGAUAUGCCCACCACGCCGUCCAAGAGCCGGAUCAUUCCCAGCGAAUCUGACGCGUUACGAGAACAAGCGAACGCCCUUUUUACAUCCGUAUUGCAUACCGAAGUCACCCCUCCCUCACCCCACAGGCCUUCAUCACCCGCUCGUCCCCCCGUCACCGCUACUCCUGGAACACCCUCAACACCCUCGCGUCGACGCAUCUUCCAUUACAACUCGCCCUCCCACCCGACUACACCUACACGCCGAUUAGAUGAUCCCACCGAUGCCGUCUAUUCGAUAUCGCCCGUACGCGCAGAGUCACGGCUCAUACUCGAAUCGCCUCGACGCCAGCUCCGGAGCGUAUGCAAGACGCCGUAUCGCGUCUUGGAUGCACCAGAGCUCGCAGACGACUUUUACCUCAAUCUUGUCGACUGGUCGAGCACGAACGUACUGGCAGUGGGGCUGGGUAGCUGCGUCUACCUCUGGACUGCGCACACUGCUGCAGUUAGCAAACUUUGCGACCUUCAGUCGAAGAAUGACAGCAUCUCUUCCGUUUCAUGGGUUCAAAAAGGCACUAUGUUGGCGAUCGGCACCAUGUCUGGGCGUCUUCAUAUUUACGAUGGAGCCACGCUUCAGCUCCAGAGGUCCUAUUCUUCAGCUCACGGGCAACGAAUCGGUGCUCUAGGCUGGAACUCUCACGUAUUGAGCUCAGGUUCGCGCGAUAGGAUGAUACACCAUCGCGACACCCGAGAAGCGACUCUCAAACCGUUCAAGAAGUCCCAGGGCCAUCGGCAAGAAGUCUGCGGGAUUCGAUGGAGUGGCGAUGGCGGCGUCAUGAACGCUACACUUGCUAGCGGUGGAAACGAUAACAAGGUGUGCAUUUGGGACUUGAGAGGGUCGAACAGGCGGAGAAACACGAGUGUAGGGACGAACAGUGGGAGCGGCACCGAAGACGGUGUCGGAGAUGCCCCUUUGUGGAAGUUCCACGAACAUACCGCUGCUGUCAAAGCACUAGCGUGGGAUCCCCACGUAUCCGGUAUACUGGCCACAGGAGGAGGAACACAAGACAAGCACAUCCGGUUCUGGAACGUCUUCAACGGCGCUAUGCUCAACGAGCUUGACACUGGCUCGCAAGUCUGCAAUCUGGUUUGGUCCCGCACCUCCCACGAACUCGUCUCCACCCACGGUUUUUCCUCUACCACAGCGCAGAACCAGAUAUGCAUAUGGAAAUACCCGAGUCUCAACAUGGUAGCAAGCUUGACGGGGCACACCCAUCGCGUCCUUUACCUGGCCAUGAGCCCCGAUGGAGAGACGAUCGUUACCGGCGCCGGCGACGAAACCUUACGAUUUUGGAACGCUUUUCCUAGUCCGAGGGAAGGGAAGGAGAGGCAAGGGAAGGAAUCUAUGUUGGACUUUGGCAAGCUCAUCCGAUGAUCCAACUUUCCGCACUUCACCAGGCAUACGAGUCCCCUGUCUGUCCUCCAUCCGCUUGCUCUUAUGACUUUGUCCUCGGGAUACACCUCGCAUGGUACCGAGGAUCCUUUACGACAUCCGAUAUGCACACCAAUACCCAUCAAAUCAGCCUCACAGUCCAUGGUUGGUCCACGCGCUGCUUCCAGCGGUACUAUAUACUAUUCUCUCAUAUUUCACCUCACUCACGCACUCGACAAUGUACCCUCAUCUACG